AUUCUGACGGACUUGAGGACACAGCUCUGCGGCGGCGGUUGGUUUACUCUUCCAGCAAAAUAAACAAAGAUGAGGAUUAAUUAAGUGAUUAAUUGAGAAUGUGGGUCGCGAGACGGCUCCUGACCUCCGCUGUCCUUGCAGGACGCCACCGGCUGCUGCAUCGUCACCUGAAUCCACUGCCCGAGUUCUGGCCCCGCUUCCUGCAGUGCACCUACUGCUGGAGGGCUCGGAUCCCUGCCACGGACCUGAACCUCAACGUUCUGCAUCUUGAACCUGCAGAACCUCAGUGCGGACACCACGAUGAUGUGACUGAUCCCACGCUGGACUCGCUGUACACCCCGGAGCAGAGAGACACCAUCCUGCAGCUCCUCAACACAGGCUCCGAGUCUGAGCUCGCCGCCGUCAAAAUGCUCCGGGGACGGAAAUCGGCCAACAUCAUUGAGUACCGGGUCAGGAACGGACCCUUUAAGGAUCUGGAGAGCGUCGUGAAUGUGCCGCUGUUAAAGCACAAGAGCGCUGUCGUGGCAUUUAACUCCAUCCUCUGUCCCAGAGAGAAGAAGGAGAAGAGGAAGGGGAAGAUUCAUCUGGCCAAGUUCAUCAGGCCUGAAGUGGACAAGGCACUGUUAGAGGACGCCACCUCCAUCGUGUCCAUUGUGUGCGGGACGAACAGAAUAGCGUGGACACACAUGGACCGGGCGAUGACGGUGUUGGACUGGCAGCAGGAGGAUUGUCACAGCUUCAUGAAGGGCACCUACAUGGCGUCCGGUUAUCUGGAUGAUAUCUGUGGCGUGGUGUCGAACCUUCCUGUGGCGGAUUUCUACGUGGUGGAGAAGCCGAGCGUGUCGGUGCAGAACACGGCGCUGUUCCCAGUCGUGGUUCACCUGCGCACGGUGGAGGCCAUGCUGUUCGCUCUGCUCAGCGGUAGGAGAGAUGCCGGGGCGCCGCCCAACGUCCUCAACAUGAUGCGCACGGCCGUCGGGAGACACUUCGGCCUGAUCGUCGGCGAGAGUCGCACCAGUGGCGCCGAGGUGGUGAGGAAGAUGAUGGCGGAGUCGGCGAUGAAGAAGAUACCACGUGUGAUCUUCCCAAACGAGCUGCUGGUGCGCUACAGCGGAGCGUUCCACUUCAGCAGCAGAAACAAAGGACAGGAGAUGUGUGACGCUCUGCUGCAGGCCGUCGCAUUCUACGAGCUGCUCACAGCCUCACACUGAGCUACAGGAGAGUGUGUGUGUGUUUUGAGAAGAUAGUUAAGGAAUGUGUCUCCAUGCUCUCUCAAAUGGACCUGAUUUAAAGUGUCCACACUAGCGUACUUUCCACAGUAAAUAUCACGGCCUGAACCUGGACCAGUGGAGGAUCAUCACCAAGACGACUCAUUUUUCUACAAUAAACAACUUUCUACAUCCGUCUGUACGACCAGCGAGACUCCAGACUGUUUAUUUCACUUCGUAAGCAAUGAUACAGGAGUGGGAAUUAUUAGAGAUUAGGCCACGGGCUGCCAAGAUAUUCUCACAACCAAAUACUCCGGUGGUGCUACUCAAUAAUAAUAAUAAAAAAAUAAUAACGAUAAUAAUUAUUAUUUUUUAUUAUUAUAAAUAAUAAUUUAUAGUAUAUAAAUCAGUUUAGAUUGAGUUAGUAAAGAUCUCAUUUUCAUUCCAGUGAUGAAAAGGAGGAGUUAACUGUCAUAGCCACACCCACUGUGCUCUGAUUGGCUCGUGUUUAAUCUUUAAAAAAAUAAAAGGUCAGGUCAUUCAGGGCCAUUUACACGUGUUCUAUAAAUAUAUAUUUAUUAAAUUGUUUAUUAAAAAAUAACAAAUAUAAACACUCAU